ACGACUUUUGUUUGUUGCUCGAAGGUGAUUGGUCGGUUCAAAUUCGUCAAACUUCUUUCUCCAUGUUUUUAGUAGAAGCCGUUAUUUGUUCAAAACUCGUAAAUUAUUAAUUUAAUUUACUCAAAUCGCAAGGUCUUUUUUCGUGUUCUUUCAGAUAAACAACAAUGUCGAAGCAAUCGAGCAACAUGGACGAUUUUCUCAAAAUCGAAAAAAUCGGCGAAGGUACUUAUGGCGUGGUUUAUAAGGGUAAAAAUAAAAAGACUGGCCAACUCGUUGCAAUGAAAAAAAUCAGACUGGAGGCUGAGGACGAAGGGGUUCCAUCGACGGCAAUCCGCGAAAUUUCGCUUUUAAAGGAGCUGCGCCACCCGAAUGUGGUCUCGCUUGAGGACGUCAUGAUGGAGGAAAAAAGACUUUAUUUAAUCUUCGAAUUUCUCUCAAUGGACUUGAAAAACUACCUCGACAAUAUCAAGCCGGGCAAGUACAUGGAGCCUGAGCUAGUCAAAAGCUAUCUCUUCCAAAUAAACGAAGCGAUUUUGUUCUGCCACCAAAGACGCGUGCUACAUCGGGACUUGAAGCCCCAGAAUUUGCUCAUAACGCGCGACGGUACCAUCAAGGUGGCCGAUUUCGGGCUGGGGCGGGCGUUCGGGAUCCCCGUGAGGGUGUACACCCAUGAAGUCGUCACGUUGUGGUACCGAGCACCGGAGGUGCUCCUGGGCUCCCAGAGGUACUCUUGCCCCAUUGAUAUUUGGUCGCUGGGGUGCAUUUUCGCCGAAAUGGCCACCAAACGCCCGUUGUUCCAAGGGGAUUCGGAGAUAGACCAAUUGUUUAGGAUAUUCAGAGUUUUGAGAACCCCGACUGAUGAUUUGUGGCCCAACGUGUCCAGUCUGCCCGACUACAAAGCCACUUUUCCGCGCUGGACUUCGUACAAUUUGGAAACACAAGUGAAAAAUAUGAACAAAGAUGCCGUGGAUUUGUUGAAACAAAUGGUGGUGUAUGACCCGGCUAAACGGAUCUCGGCUAAGAGAAUCGCUCUUCAUGCGUAUUUCCGGAACGUGGACCGGUCAGUGAAGCCCAUUUUCGAUUUUAAAUGACUAGGUUAGGUAUUUAUUCUCACGAGAGGGAAUUGUGUUCUUGUUAAGACAAUGUUUUAUAAACUAAUUCUAACAUAUCAUCAUUGUGAAUUAUCUUCAUGUGCGUAAUAUAUUUGUAUUCUUUC